ACAGAAUAUAUUACUAUUUUAAAUAACACUGACUGGUUUAUCAGACGCAGUCAGUAAAAUAGUUGAAGCGCCAAUAAAGCGCGAAUUGAAACAUACAAAUCACUUUUCACCAAGCUGACAUUUUGGACUACAAAAGCUGACCGGAAGUAGCUGGUUGUAGCGUUUUCCAGCGCAGAACCGCGGAGAUGAGAAUUCCCCUUCGCUCCUGUUGCAUCUUCAGGAGUUUCAUCUCUCAGAAACAAACCUUAGACACACAGAGGCGCGGCUUAAGCAGCGCAGCGAUGCGCUUGGUGCAGUUUCGUUGCAGAGGUGACGGAGAUGAUGUCAGAGUGGGAGUGGAGCAAGGCGAGGGGCUGAAUGUGGUGGAUCUGAAGGCGUUCGACGCCUCCAUGCCUUCAACCAUCAGAGAGCUGCUGCAGCUGGGAGACAAAGGGCUGGCGUGUGCACAAAGAGCUCUGGCGUCUGGCCAGUUUGUGGUUGAAAGAGCAAACAUCCAGCUGCUAUCCCCCAUCUUGGGCCCAGAGAAAGUGGUGUGUGUGGGCAUGAACUACCGGGACCACUGUCUGGAGCAGAAUGCCCCGAUCCCUGAAGAACCCAUCAUCUUCAGCAAGUUCCCCAGUGCCAUCACAGGUCCUUAUGACGACAUUAUUCUGCCCCCAGAGAGCCAGGAGGUGGACUGGGAGGUGGAGUUGGCCUUUGUGAUUGGACGAAGAGGAAAACACAUCAAGGAGGAAGACGCUCUGUCCCAUGUGGCCGGGUUCGCCGUGGCGAAUGACGUGAGCGCUCGCGACUGGCAGUUUAAGCGCAACGGGAAGCAGUGGCUGCUGUCGAAAACGUUUGACAGCUUCUGCCCUCUCGGACCCGCCCUCGUAACUAUUGAUGCUGUGAAAGAUCCUCAUAACUUGGGGAUCCGCUGCCUGGUCAACGGGGACACUGUGCAGGACAGCAACACCAGCCAGAUGAUCUUUAAAACCGCAGCGCUGAUUGCUUGGGUCUCAAAGUUUGUGACGUUAACUCCCGGAGACGUGUUCCUGACAGGAACUCCUCCCGGCGUGGGCGUUUUCAGGAACCCACCCGUCUUUCUUAAGAGAGGCGAUAUAGUGGAGUGCCAGAUAGACCAGAUCGGCUCCAUCAUCAACAAGGUGGUUUAAAUUCUUCAGCAAGAAACUGAAAAAUAAAAAAAACAAAACGAUAA